UCGCCAAUACUCAGGCAAUAGUGAAUUAUUCGACAUCCCUUGCUUACUACUGGUAGUGGUAACACCCAAGAGGAACGUCGGGUUAGACGCGGCGUCCUUCGCUAGCGCAUACGAGUAGCGCAAUCGAAGCCAGGACAAGUCCAACACAGUGUCGCAGAGUUAGGUUCGCCCCUAGCACUGAUCCAGUACCUGGCGCGGCAGUAAUUAGGUACUGCUGUCGACAGGCAAUACAUGUAUGACUAUCUGACACGAGUGGAAAGGGCUUACCUUCUUGUGGAUCGCGAGGCCUUCAUAGCUGGACGAAGCUGAUUCAGACCAUCGAGAUCAUCGGGAGGCAUAGCGCGGCCAGCUAUUGCAUGCGAAAAUCAUCUGUGUUGAUGAGCUGUAACAAUACGUGUACUGUCAAUCUACAUCAGUCGACUGCAGUCAGCCUACACAGUGGAGCAAAAUGGAAGUGGAACGAGCACACGAGCGUAGGAGCCAGUCCAGCUCACUGCGUAACCCACCGACCACUGUUGGUAGGACCACUCGGUCCCUUUCCAAUGGACAACGUGCUAUGAAGUACAGCAGAAAACGAGCUCAGGAGCUAUCUGUGCCGAAGCAAUCGAUGCGAGUUGAGCUGACGUCAUUCCCGAAUCCCAUAGUGUGGGGUAACCAAACGCCAAUCAGCGCCAUCAACCCCGCAGCGCUCAAGGCCUCGCCAUCACAACGCACCUGCAGCCUGGCUGCGCCGAAGAAAGACUUUCAAAAUCCAGCGCUACAUGCACCCGAGUUUGACGUUGGUAGCUGUGGAAGGGAGUCCUCCAUUUGGCAUGUAAGUGGGCCGGCGAAACAGGCCGAGGCAAGUCAGCGAGUAGAGGCACUGGCGCAGCCCAAGACAGAGAUGAAAGCCUUCAUUGAUGGGCAGCAAAGGGAAAUGCACGACAUCGGUAGCUGUGGCCGUGUGUCUCCUAUCCGAGAGACCAGCCAAGCAGCGCAGCAACUAGACAGUGAGAGCAGGCAGCGGACAGUACAGCUGGCACAGCCUAAACAACCGCACAAGGACUACCAGCCCCCAAGAACGGAUCACUGCAUAGUCUCGGAGCUGGCUAAAAAGGCGACGGCAUCCGCAAGAGUUGAGCAACUCGCCGAGCCCAAGACAUACAAUCCCGGACCGUUCCGCGAGCCCGAGUGGGAGGUGUCGGCUGCCGCUCGCAAGGCAGACGCGUCUGAGCGCACGCUGGAGCUAGCGGCGCCAAAGACGACCGCGGUGGGUUACAAACCGUGCCGCAGUCCCAUCUGGACGCCAGCGAACAGCUUUGAGAGCGCCAACCCGCGCCUCGACGAGCUCUCGGUUCCGAUCAAGCGUGAAACCAUGGACCACCUGCAGUUCGAUCCCGACGCCUUCCAGGUGUCGCGCAAUGCUCUCAAAGCAAAGGCCUCUGCACGGCUUGAGAAACUCGCUGAGCCUAUCGACCGGUGGUAAGUAUGCCUCGGCAUGACAAUCAUUGUUACCAUCAUCAGCAGCAGCAGUCGGAACGAUAGCAGCAGCGUAAUUGGAAUGGGACACAGAUCUGCAGUUGGUAACUGGUAUAGGCUUAGGCAUGGGAACCAAGCCCGUCAACCAAGAUGUUACCUACUUCAGUACUUGUAUAAUUAUGUCUAUUUGAGCUAAGCUACUACAAAGCUGCUUGCUGUCUUGGAAGAUUUGAAAUAUUUCACAUGUAACAUGAAGAUUAUGGCAUUGUACCACAGGUAGUCAGUAUCUCGGUCUGUUUAGCAUCACUCCGCAGUGAAAAUGCAUGAACACCUGUCAGCUUAGAGAACUGCAAAUCAUUUGAUGUGCCUUUUGUGUUGCCCAUGAUCAACCUGAGCAAAAAAAAAUAGCUGUGGUAGUAGUGAGCAGGAGAGCUGCCGCAUUCA